UCCAUAUCUAAAUACUUUUCUGCUACUUCUCUUGCACGACCUAGCUUUAUUUCUGCCAAGGCUAUGGAGGUCACAAAAACUAGUAGGAAGAAAACUUUUGUAGGACAUCAGGUUCUCGAUAAACCUAAGAGGAAUCCAUACAGCUUAUUAAAGUCGAUAGAGGUGAAUGAGAAGAUGGUGGAGGAUAUGCAACAACAAAUACUUAAAAUGGAAAGAAAAAUAACAGAGAAGAAGCUUUAUCAUGAAAAGGCCAUCUCGGGACUGAAAGACAGCUUACGCUACGGAUAUAUUUAUAAUGAAAAAUGGGGGCGGAUAGAUGAUGAACGAAGUUUCCCAUAUUGUUCUAAGAAGAUGGAGCUAGACAAGUUAACUUUCGCUAAUAACGCAUAUCGUGACAAGAAAGCUGUUAUAUCAUUCUCUUCUGGGAAACGAGAGAUUAACACCCAUAACCUAAACCAUCGGAUGCUACACGAAGCACAAAGCAUGGAUGGUGAGAGACGCCUUCUCAAAAUGCUGAGUCCAAGUAAAGAUGACGACUCAGAGUUUCCUCUUGAGGAAAUUGAAAGACAGAUGUGGCAGCCAUAUAGUCGGGUGAGAUGGCCAGGCCAUACCCAUAAACCAAGCACAAUGGAAAUAAAAGAAUGUGAGAGAAAGCUAAGGGAACUUGAAAGGAAGAGAGAUCAACUAUUUGUUAAUGCUCCUUGUAAAGCUUCUCUAUGGAGUUCAUUACCUUCUACCAAAGUCUUACGCAACCAGAUUCAGGCUAUGGAGGUCAGAGACGAAGAAAAUAGGAAAGUGGUUUUGCUAAGAAGAAAGAAGAUAGAGUCCAAAGAAAGAAAGAUAAAGAAGGCAGAGAAGGAGAUCAAGUCUAUGAAUAAAAUGGUGGAGAUGAUAAGCAACAGAAAGCAGAGAGCCAUGGAAAGCAUCUCACACCAAAAGAGUUGUGUAGUAGUUUGAAACUUAAAACCUCAGCUCUCUUCUUGUUGAAUCUCUCAUUGUCAGGUGGAAAACUGUUCAAUAUAUUUCCAUUAAAAAACUAA